AUGGUCGGAAUCUCGAUGCAGUCAGCAUCAGCUGCAACGCGCUCCGAGCACCGUCUCGUCGGUAAGGCGCGCAUCCAUGCCCCACCAGCGCUUCAGCUGCCUCUGCUGACGCUUGGCAUACUCGGUGCUCAGACAGUGUGGUCCAUGGACAUGGCAUUUGCUCCUCCGUAUCUGCUUGAUCUGGGUCUGUCAAAAGCAGCGAUGGCAGCUGUCUUUGUAGCAGGCCCCCUCUCUGGACUGAUCGUACAGCCUCUGAUCGGCAGCAUGGCCGACAACAGUACAUCCAGACACGGACGCCGUCGACCGUUCCUCGCAACCGCGACCAUCAUAUGCGCCUUCAGCGUCCUUCUCCUCGGCUUUGCCAGUGAAGUCGCUGCAUGGAUUGCUUCGACCGGAAGCAAAGCGCAUCAGAACCUCGCCAUCUUCAUCGGCGUGCUGUCGGUGUAUCUGGUCGAUUUCUCCGUGAAUGCCGUCACAGCGCUCGAUCGCGCGCUCAUGGUCGAUGUGGCAUCAACCGAGGACCAGGCCGACGCCAACGCAUGGGCUGCUCGUCUCACCGGCGUCGGCUCAGUACUCAGCUUCCUCAUCGGCAACCUGGAUCUGCCCAAGCUCGCGCCUGGCUUCCUGGGCAAGACGCAGAUCCAGAUCAUCUCGGUUCUUGUCAGCGUCAUCUUGAUCGCGACGCAUGCGAUUGUGGUCCUUCGUGUCGAGGAACAGGUCCUCGCACAUUCCCGUUCCCAUGGCUCGAGAAAGCCAAAAGGGCUCGGGCUUGUCGCUAUCGUUUCCGACCUUUAUAAGCAAGCGCGAGGAUUGCCACCACCUAUUCUCGAAAUGUUCAAGGUGCAGUUCUUCGCCCAGAUCGGCUGGUUCCCCAUCCUCUUCUACAGCACUGUGUGGGUCGGCGAGAUCUACAAGGCCGACGUGCGGCUCAACGGCGGCAAGCAAAGCGAUCACGAGCUGUUCGAGCAAGCGACGCGCGCAGGAAGCCACGCCUUUUUCUGGCACGCCAUCUUGUCCUUGGUCACCUCGAUCGUGCUGCCACUCGUGGUACCGAAUCCCGUGCACGAGGCAUACGUUCACCCAGUCUGGUUCGCCAAUUCGAGCCUGGUGCGCAAGCUGCGGAGUCUGCGCGAUCGUUGUCCAGAGCUUCCCUUCUGGUGGCCUUUUGCCAACUUUGUGUUUUUCAUCUCCAUGUGCGGCACCUACUUUGCUGGUCUCACCAAGUCGGUCUUCCUGGCGACAUGGGUUGUCGCCGCGGUAGGCUUCUGUUUUGCGAUAUCAAACUGGGUCCCCAUUGCUCUGCUGGGCAUUCUCAUCCACACGCAGCAGGUGCAGCCAAUCCCAGUUUCAGUCAGUCGUGGUGCGGCAGCUUCUUCUGUGCAUGCUGAACGCGAGGAGGACGACGUGGCCAUGGCGCUACUUGGCGACAGCACGCGGGACAGCGAAGGACACAGCAGACCGAUGGCGCACAAGUCUUCGCACGACUCUUCCUCAGACAAGGGAACACGACCGCCCUCUGGGCGAUAUGGCGGUGGUGCUGGCUCGGACGAUGACGAAGAAGAGCAGCUGCAAGGUGCUUUGUCCUUUGGCGCAGCAAGCUUGCACGAGGAAGCGCAGAUACGAGAUCGAGAUGCGGACCGAAACGGCGACGAUCGCGAAGGCGGCGAGGGUUACAACGGCAACGUCGGCAGCACAAUGUCGCACGCUGGCACCGUGUUGGGGCUGCACAAUGUUGCAGUGGUGGUACCCCAGUUUCUCGUCACGGCCGUGUCGUCGUUGAUCUUUGCCAUCAUGGAGCCCAAGAAGAGCGGUGAUGGCAGCAAUGCAGGAGGAGCAGGAUCGGGAGAAAACAGCGACGCUUUGGGACUCAUCUUCAGGCUUGGCGGCUGCUGUGCUCUGGUCGCGGGCAUCCUCGCUGUCCGGCUGGUGCGCAGACACGGCGACGAACUUCGAGGAUACUGA